AUGAUAGAGCUAAGGGGCCGAUCACUGCACUUGGCCAUUACGGUCAGCGCUGGAAGCGCCUAUCUGCUUUUUGGAUAUGACCAAGGAGUGCUCGGAGGGCUGGUCUCGCAACCAAGCUUUCUCUCCGCCAUCGGCCAUCCCAGUGCCGAAUACCUGGGGACAAUUGUUGCUCUGUUUAAUAUCGGCUGCCUCGCAGGGUGCCUGGUCUCUGCCAUCUUUGGCAAUCGGCUUGGACGAAAGAGAUCUAUCAAUUUCGGUUGUGUGAUCAUGAUCAUUGGCGGGAUCAUCCAGGCUUCUACCUACGGGGCUGGACAGCUGAUCGCGGGGAGAAUCAUCUCUGGGAUUGGGAAUGGUAUGAAUACCUCGACUGUGCCCGUUUACAUUUCGGAGACAUCACGCAGUGCCGUCCGCGGGAGAACCCUCGCCAUCCAAAUGUCUAUCGUCAUAUUUGGGACGGUCGUCGCUUACUGGCUUGACUAUGGCAUGAUCAAGACCCAAACUGGCGAGGUCGUCUGGCGGUUUCCCCUGGCCUUCCAGGACUUCUUCGCCUUGCUAACUGUUUUCACUUUGCCUCUCUUACCAGAGUCCCCUCGUAGAUGGCUUUACUCCCACGGCCGCCAGCAAGAGGCCAUCCACGCACUCUCCCGACUCCUAGACUUACCAGAGAACCAUGAAGACGUCCUUGCGGUCGUGACUGAAAUGCAGCAGGCGCUUGCAAUAGAACAAACCAACAGUUCAAGCUUCACAUUCCGAAGCAUCUUCCGCGACUCGACCCAGGUCAAAAACCCCCGUCGUCUGGUCCUAUGCUUUAUGUUGCAACUCUUCCAGCAAUUCACCGGAAUCAACGUCAUAGCCUUUUACGUAACAAUCGUGCUCGAAACCAACGUCGGUCUCUCCCGCGACCUAAGCAGCCUCGUCGCAGGAUUCAUCCAAAUCGCAUUCUGGCUGGGCACCUUCCCCCCAAUCUUCCUUAUUGAUAGACUAGGCCGUCGCAAGGUCCUCAUGCUUGGCUCUUCAAUGCUCUGUCUAGCAAUGGUCCUGUUCACGGUCGGCGUGGGGUUAGCAACGCCUGCGUCAUCUCGCCUGGCGCUCGGGAUGCUCGUCAUCUACGAGAUAUCCUUCGGCAUGAGCUGGAACUCCGUCCCCUGGCUGUAUGCUCCUGAGAUUACGCCGUUGAACCUCCGACAUGUUGGAGCCGCUGUCGGGUGCUUUUCUGAGUGGUUGUGGACCUUUGUGAUCGCACAGAUGACGCCGCCCGCUAUCGCAAAUACCGGAUGGAAGAUCUACCUCCUGUUCUGCAUUAUGCUGGCGCUGAGCAUUCCGUUUGUGUAUUUCUUUUUGCCAGAGGUUCGUCAACUUAUCCUUCUUGGUGCAUUUGAGAUCUCAGUGCCUUGGCUGAUUGGACCGUGA